CAAGUAAUCAAGUUUCCUAAUUCGUUACAACAUUAAUAGAUUUUUUAAAGGGGAAUUUCAAUGUGAAAUCUUUAAAUUUUAGUUUCAAAAUAAUUUUCUGUAAAUGAAUGUUUUCUGAAUAUUUCCCUAAUCAAAUCAUGAGACCUGAGCACUACUUUUUAUCAAAAAGUCAUCUCUUCUUUGCAAUAAUCAUCUUGGGAGUUAUACAAAUUGCUUAUUCACAAAAAAACUUGGAAAUUUUUCGCUUUCAAAUUGCUCAGUGUUCAACAAUGACAACAACACUAGGUGCAAACUUAAGCUACUGUUUAUUUUGCGUUCAAAAUUAUAGAGAAGAAUGUAAUGAUUUAUGUGCAUCCCAGGAAGUGGAUCAAGAAAUCUGUAGUCGAAUAUGUUGGCGUUUUGCUAAAUACGGAACGUUUUCAUGUAAAAACAAUGUUGGAUAGCAUUAGGCAAGUUUAUAAUCUCAAAGAAGUGAAACAUGUAUUCUAUUCAAUUAAAGCCAAAAUAAACAAACUAUUCAUCAUAUAACUGAUCUAAACAAAAGUGAAUAAAAAUCUUAUAAAAUGCUGUAAAUUAACCACUCAAUUGUUCAAUAAGAUAAUUUUCUUAGUG